UUCCUUUCAAACCCUAAAAUUUAAUAAAACAAAAAGAGAUAGAGAGAGACCAAAGAACAAGAUAAAAUGAACAAACACAUACACUUACACAGACUCUCCUUUAUCUUUCCAUCUCCCACCUCUUUCUUUCUCUGCAACUCUUUCUUCUUGAUGUGAUUCUCCACCAUAUCUCUCAAAGCAAAUAAAAUUAAAAAGAAGAAAAGAAAAAACCCAUCAACCUUUACAAAAGAAAAGAGAGGAUUAAAGCUUAACCACCAUGGUCUUCUCAUCCAUUCCAGUCUAUCUAGAUCCACCCAACUGGCAGCAGCAUAAUCAGCAGUCAGCAGUUAGCAGUGAAAGCCAUCAGCUUCCACUACCGGCUCCGCCACCUGGGUGUGGCGGCGGCGGCGUUAGUGGAAGCGCGGCUUCAAUCAGGCCAGGGUCCAUGUCAGAAAGAGCAAGACUAGCAAAGAUUCCACAACCAGAAGCAGCACUUAAAUGUCCAAGAUGUGAAUCAACAAAUACAAAAUUUUGUUACUUCAAUAAUUAUAGUCUUUCUCAGCCUCGCCAUUUUUGCAAGACUUGCAGGCGUUACUGGACAAGAGGAGGUGCACUAAGAAACGUACCAGUUGGAGGCGGAUGUAGAAGAAACAAAAGAAGUAAAGGAAAUAACAAUAAUAAUAGAUCAAAAUCUCCAACGAAAGCAGGUUCUGCCUCAAGUAAUGGACUUAUUACUAAUACUUGCACUACAGAUAAUAUUACAGGGCAUAUCAUCGCUCCGCCACCACAUUUGCCAAUCUUGCCGCCUUUACAUCAUCUAAACAACUAUAAUUCCACAGAUAUCGGGUUAAAUUUUGGCGGAAUUCAACCUCCGGUGGCUGCAACAGCCGGUGGUGGAAUGGAAUUUCAUCAGCUUGGUAGUACUAGCUCAGCUAGUGGUGCCGGUGGUGGCAGUGGCGGUGGUGUUGGUGGUGGUUGUGGGUCUUUUUUAUCCAAUGGAAUUGUUGAUCAAUGGAGAUUACAACAAGUGCAGCAAUUUCCUUUUAUGGCAAAUUUAGGAGCAUCAAAUGGGUUGUACCAAUUUGAGAAUGAAGGUAUUAAUUAUGCUGGUCAAGGGCGGUCGAAGCCAUUAGAGAGUGGCGUUAAUGAUCUCGCCGCGGUUAAAAUGGAAGAAAUGAAUUUAUCGAAGAACUUUUUGGGUAUUUCAGGAAAUGAUCAUCAGUAUUGGAGUGGAAAUAAUGCAUGGACUGAUCUUUCUGGUUUCACUUCCUCUUCUACAAGCCAUCUCUUGUGAAGAAGAAGAUGAUUUUCCAAACUUUUAAUUCCCACCAAAUUAAUUUUUAGUGUUUUCUGUUUCACUGAAUUAGAAUUAUUACAGGGUUUCUACUAAAACAAAAAUCAUCACUCAUCAAAGAAGACCUAAUUAACCAUGCAAAUUCUUCAAAACCUGAUCGAGAAGAUGAUGAUCCAUGUACGAGAAGAAUCGAUUCGAUCAAGAACUUGUCUCUCUUGUUCUUUCUCCAAGAUCUACUAAAGGAUCAUCGAAAUUAGAGAAAUGGUAGGCACAUCUAGUCUUGAAAUUUUAUUUGCUUGUUAUUUUUUGGUUUCAUUCUCCUGUAUUUUCCAUGGGUAUGUUCACAGAAGUAUUAGAGUUCUAUAUAUAUUGUUUCAUAUAUAUAUAUUGAUCAAAUUAAUGCACUGUACUAAUUAAGUGAUUUUCCUAGAGAGAUGGGAAAUUUUCUUU